AUGGAUGCGGUGUUACGUCAUAGUCCUCCGACUUUCAUGGGUCAAUCGGACCUGACUAUUUUUGGAGAAUGGUUGGAUCGUUUGGAGACUAUAUUUGAGGUGGUGAAAUGCCCGGAAGGAGAGAAGACGAUGAUAGCUGCAUAUUAUUUAGAAGGACUAGCCAAGAAGUGGUGGAAUAAUGAGAAGGCUUCCGGGAGAAAUUUGGUUAGAUUACCGUGGGAGGCAUUCAAGACGAUGAUAAGGGCGCGCUUUUAUCCUCCGCACAUUCAGAGAGCAAAAGAGGAUGAGUUUAAUGCCUUGGUGCAGGGCAAUAUGACGGUGGAAGAAUACUUCACGCGUUUUAAUGAAUUGGCUGCCUACGCUCCGGAUUUGGCAGCAAAUGAUCGGUGCAAACUGACAAGAUUUGUUGGUGGGCUGAAUAGAGACCUUCAGUGGUUCUUAGCCUGCUUCAGUGUGUCGAUCCUUCAAGAGGCAUACGAGAAAGCAGCUAACAUCUAUCGGGCAAAUCGAAUAGCGUAUGAUGAGCGGAGGGAUGGGGCCCGCAUGGCAGAUAGAGGAAAAGAGAAGGUGAGCGAGGGUUUGAAGAACUAUAAGCGAAGGAUCAAUCGGAGAGCCAUCACUUGCUAUUACUGCCAUGAGCCGGGACAUGUUAAGAGGUUUUGCCCCAAGUUAGUUGGAGCUCCGAAUGCAUUUGAGAGGACCCCGGUUCCACAACAACAAGGUCGUACACUGCCGUUGGCACCUCAGCGUGCAAGAGGAAGGGGAAGGAGUGGCCAGAAAUGUCACAUUAAUGUCAUGACGAGAGGGCAAGUUGUGGAGAACCAGGGAGAUGUCAUGACCGGUACGUUCUUGGUGAAUUAUUUACCUGUGGUUAUUCUCUUUGAUUCCGGUGCAUCCCUUUCUUUCAUAUCGAGUAGAUGUGCUAAGAGGUUAGAAUUAGAUUCUCGAGUAGAGGUUUCGGUGGAGAUUAGGCUUCCUUCAUGA